GAUUAUUUUGAAGGCCGCGCACAAAACGACCCGGAAGCGGAAGUCGAAGAACGUUCUAGCUGCUUGAGGUAUCGGCGGGAGUGGCUGAGUGGCGCGAGGAGCCGUUACCAGAGCCGGAGCUGCUGGUUAAUCCUGAUCAAGAUGACAACCUCUCAAAAGCACCGAGACUUCGUGGCAGAGCCCAUGGGGGGAAAAGCCAGUGGGGGAGCCUGGCCUGGGAUUGGUGAUGCCCUGGGCAAGAGGCUGGAGGAAGGGGGCUUUGACAAGGCGUAUGUGGUCCUUGGCCAGUUUCUGGUACUAAAGAAAGAUGAAGAUCUCUUUCGAGAAUGGCUAAAAGACACAUGUGGUGCCAAUGCCAAGCAGUCCCGGGACUGCUUUGGGUGCCUUCGAGAAUGGUGUGAUGCCUUCUUGUAAUGUUCUCUGGGGACCCCUCAGCUCCCCUAGCCACAGCAUAGAAUCUCCAGAGUCUGCAUCAGGGCAGGGUGCCUCCCUGUCCUCCACGAAGGAAAAGAUUGCUGUUGUCACCCUCAUCUCCUAUGUACUCCAGGGUCUUUUGGGAGUUCUCUCCCCCCAGCAUUUCAACCUUUCUGGGUUUCUUGCCCUCGCAUGCCUUCCCCUUCCCCUCCCCCUACAGUUCCAUGGCAGCAGUUCCUAGCCUUCCUGAACGGAUUACUGCCUCCUUCUCCCUCACCAUCUGUUGGAUGCCCUUUGACUCCUUUUUUGGCAAAAACAGUCACUGUCUUUAUAAAAGAUUUUUAAAUUAAUAAAGUUAGUGGCCUUCAUA